AUGCAAAAAUGGACAUUAACGAUACUUUUACCCACCGUUCACCUUAAAGAUCGUCGGGAAGAAUUAACUCUGAGUGAACGUUUCUGUAAGGAGCAUUUCGUGGUGGGUUUGAGCCUGCAGCAAGUGGCAUGCGUGCUGGCCGGGUGUACAGACGCAGGGGGUUUUGUGUCCACUCGGACCUUGCGUCAGCCCCUCCUCCUCCUUCUUGCCCAACUUGCCAAAGUGACCUUUGACCCACGCUAUGCCACCUCGCGUCGACAGCUCUCGCGUAUUCACAUGCUCUAUCUGCCGUUGGUGAAAAUCGCCCUGGAGAAUAUUAAUGCGCUAGGACCACCUGGUACGAAGGUGAUCAGUUUUCUUCUACUCUGGACUGGUAGUUGA